AUGGCGGCUCCAGAAAUGGUGGAGGUGGAGGUGGAGCCGAACCUCAGAGGCCCUGAAGUAGUCACCAUGGGGGAGAACGACCCGCCCGCCGCCGAAGCCCCCUUCUCCUUCAGAUCCCUUUUUGGCCUCGAUGACCUGAAAAUAAGUCCUGUCACACCAGAUGCGGAUGCAGUGGCCGCACAGAUCCUGUCUCUGUUGCCGUUGAAGUUCUUCCCAAUCAUCGUCAUUGGGGUCAUCGCACUGAUACUAGCGCUGGCCAUCGGUCUGGGCGUCCACUUCGACUGUUCCGGAAAGUACAGGUGCCGGUCGUCUUUUAAGUGUAUUGAACUCACGGCUCGGUGUGACGGUGUCUCAGACUGCAAAGCCGGGGAGGAUGAGUACCGAUGUGUCCGCGUGAGCGGUCAGAAUGGCGUGCUCCAGGUGUUCACAGAGGCGGCCUGGAGGACCAUGUGCUCCGACGACUGGAAAGGCCACCACGCUAGCAUCGCCUGUGCCCAGCUGGGGUUUCCAAGCUACGUCAGUUCAAAGACCCUCCGAAUGGACUUGCUUGAGGAGCAGUUCCAAGAGGACUUUGUUUCCAUCAACCACCUCCUGCCAGACGACAAGGUGACGGCUCUGCACCAGUCGGUGUACGUGAGGGAGGGGUGUGCCUCGGGUCGCGUGGUCACCUUGAAGUGCACAGCCUGCGGUCUGAGGAGGGGCUACACCGCACGCAUCGUGGGCGGAAACAUGUCCUCACCCGCGCAGUGGCCCUGGCAGGCCAGCCUUCAGUUCCAGGGCUACCACCUGUGCGGGGGCUCCGUCAUCACCCCAGUGUGGAUCGUGACCGCUGCCCACUGCGUUUAUGACCUGUACCUCCCCAAGUCAUGGACCAUCCAGGUGGGCCUCGUCUCGCUGCUGGACAGCCCAGCCCCCUCCCACCUGGUGGAGAAAAUCAUCUACCACAGCAAGUACAAGCCCAAGAGGCUGGGCAACGACAUCGCCCUCAUGAAGCUGGCGGGGCCGCUCACCUUCGACGAGAUGGUCCAACCGAUUUGUCUGCCCAACUCCGAAGAGAACUUUCCUGACGGGAAGAUGUGCUGGACGUCGGGAUGGGGGGCCACUGAGGAAGGAGGCGACGCCUCCCCGGUCCUCAACCACGCAGCUGUGCCUUUAAUCUCCAACAAGAUCUGCAACCACAGGGACGUGUACGGCGGCAUCAUCUCCCCCUCCAUGGUCUGUGCCGGCUACCUGAAAGGCGGAGUGGACAGCUGCCAGGGAGACAGCGGGGGACCCCUGGUGUGCCAGGAGAGGAGGGAGUGGAAGUUGGUGGGAGCGACCAGCUUCGGCAUCGGCUGUGCGGACGUGAACAAGCCCGGCGUCUACACCCGCAUCACCUCCUUCCUGGACUGGAUUCACGAGCAGAUGGAGAGGGACUUGAAAACUUGAAGAGAAAGGGGACAAGCCACCACGCUGCGUUCCUGCCACGAUGGAGACAUCCCCGUCCCUCCACGGAUUCCCGGCUGGAAACUUUCAAGAGCAAAUGCCUUCAGUGCUCAGCUUGCCGGCACCACCAGCAGAGCC